AUGAUUAACGUAAAUAAAAGAUUUUGUUCUAUUCUAUUAUUAUUUUUCAUAGUUAUUUCAUUUAUUCUAUUAAAUAAUUAUCAUCCAACAUUAUUAAAUAAUAUUCGUAUUUCUAAUUGUGAAUUAUCACGUAUUGAAAGUGAUAAUUUCUUUUGUGAAAUUGAUGAAGAUUGGUAUCGUCGUAAGGAAGUAUUUUAUCUUCAACAUAAUCGUAAUCAAUUUACUGGUGUACCAUAUAUGUUCUUUCAAGAUAAUUAUGAACCAACAUUUUCAUGUCGAUUUGAACAACGUCUUGGAAUCAAUGGUGAUGGAGGAAAAUGGAUAUGUGAUGUUUAUCGUUUAAAACAAAUUCCAUCAUGUUUAAUCUAUAGUUUUGGUUCAAAUGGUGAAUUUAGUUUUGAAAAUGAAACAAGCCGUUAUCUACCUAAUUGUGAUAUACAUACAUUUGAUAUGAAAGAAUUUAAUUGUACAGAUUUUUGUACAUUUCAUCAGACACGAAUUGGUGAUGGACUUGGUGGAACAAAAUCAUUACGAAUGAUUAUGUCGGAAUUAAAUCAUACUGGACGUUAUCUUGAUAUACUUAAGAUAGAUAUUGAAGGUAGUGAAUAUGAAUUUUUUGAGGAUUUAUUUAAUACAACUGAUUAUGUAAGUGAAAAUAUACGUCAAAUACUUGUUGAAAUACAUUUAUCAAAAUUAAUACGAAAUGUUAAUAAUGUUACAGUAUAUGAAUUUGAAAAACUUCAUGAUUUAUUUCAAUUGUUUCAUGACAAUCAUUAUGUUAUAUUUCAUAAAGAAGUUAAUUUAUAUAAUCCACAUUGGGCAUUUGAAUAUAGUUUUAUAAAAUUAAAUAAACAAUUUUUUCAAAUUAAUAAUCCUUCAAAUUCGACUGAACAUUUAUAA